AUGUGUCAAAUUAAAUUCUCUUACGGAUUUCUUGUAUUAGUCUCAUUAUUAAACAGUAUUAAGAGCGACAUUGGAGUUAUUAAAGAACAAAGGAAAAUUGCAUCAAGACCUCAGCCCGAAAACAAUUUGGACAAAACUCCGGUGCAUUGUGAAGAUACACCUGUAAAAAGUAAGAAUCCUUUGCCAUAUUUUAGAAGACAAGUAGAAGAAGUUACUGAUAAUUUGGCCUUAAAAAAAGAAUUAAAUGAAGAUUCGCGCAGUAAUUUAGUAUCACUUCUCAUUAAAAAUGCCAAAGAAAUAUACAGUGAGCUGGAUGAAGCUAAUACAGAGACCUCUACUACUGUGACACGUACUACUACUACGUGUACUAGUAUUGUUACCUCUUGGGCCCUAUUUGAUAACAAUACUAUUGAUAAUAUAACCUAUAAUGAUCUUAUAGGACAUACAAUUGCUUUUACUAUUAAAACCACCAAUGACACAAAUUCAACUUCACGAUUCCAACCAAUAGAAACUAUCACAAAUAAAACAAGAAUUAUAGUGGAUUUCGAUUCCGAUAAUCAUGAAAUUGCAAAAGAUAACGAAAUUCUAAUAUCUUAUAAAAACGCUACUUUAAUGUCAUUUUCUGAUAUAGAAUUAGUUAAUAUGGACAUUGCAACAAAUGCUUAUGAGCUCGUUGAAAAGGAUGAAUUGAUGCCUUUAUCGAAAAAUUUAAUAUUGUUUGAAACAGAUCCUAAGGGACGAGAUCAAAAAAAGGAUGAGUUAAGCGGCCAAAAUGUAACUGUGGUUGAUCUUAAUUAUUUUGAUAGAGUGCGUUCAUGUAUAUAUUGCAAUAACCUUGAGAUGGAAAGCUGUAACGAUCCUAAAAAUAGACUAAUACCAUCAAGAGUAUGCGAACGUGAUGACGAUUUAUGCUAUUCACUGCACACUCCGUUUGGCGUAAUAGAUCGCGGAUGUUUCAACGUAAAUCACAACCUCACCACCUACGUCUGCUCGUGUAAUCUAUGCAACUACAUAUCAAUUUCUGAAAUGCCGUACAUAUUUUCGAAGAAGCAAGACUGGAUCGAUAAUGUAAUUGAACUCGCACGUAUGAGGAAAUUCAGGCGAUCAGUAAUGAAGGAGAUGGCUUGUUUGAAAUGUGAAGCUAAUUUGUCCUUGAAGAAUUCAAAUACUUUGGAAACUUCUAAUUGCUUACAUGGCAACUUGUGAGUGUGAAAGAAAUUAUUUUGACAUACGUAACAUGUAAAUAUAGAUGCAUUUCAGGAUACAAUAAUAUGUCAAUUUUCUGCAAUGGAUAUUGACCUCUAACCUUCAAUACAUUAAAGUUUAAAAUCAAUUAGGAAAAUUUGACAGUUUUGUAUAGUCUGUCGUGCAUUAGACUGUAAAUUAAUUAUUAAGUAUAAUUUUCUAGUAAAUUAAUUUACUGUUUUUUCUUUUCUGUAUUCUAUUUGCAUUGGGUUAUCUUAAUCAUUUAUUUGUGUACUUGGAAGUGUUAAUAUUUAAUAAUUGAGGAGCUUAAUGGUGCAGUGGUUAGUGCUUUCGGUUUGCAAUGUCGCGGUAGACUAACAUUUUUCAAGGGCCGGUCAUAGGAUGGGAGACCAAAAAUUUAUUACCUCGAACUCCUUCGACCUUCGGAAAGCAUAUAAAACGGUCUAUUAUCGGUCUUAUUUGAUACGUAAUAUCCAAAAAUCAUAUUUGUUAAUUUUUCAGGGGUACCGUGCCUACAGAAUACUGCGACAGAAAUGA